AGACAAAAUACCAUCACACUUUUUUAUGGUAAUUUAGCAUAUUCACGCUUGCAUUUCAAGGAUGAUUUAGUCCUUGUUGCACUAAAGAAGAUCAAAAACUAACUUCGGACUAUAUUGGUAAGAUUAUCACCGCGAAAAUAAUCAUGGCGUGGUGGCAACGCUUCCCACUUGACCAGACUGUUGAAAUAUUUCUUUCACACGUGGACAGAGAAACGGGAAAUAUUUUCGUUCAACUUAGCAAUGAAGAUAGUCCAAAACUGGAACAACUCAUGGAUGAUAUUGUUAACCAUACAGAAGAAAAUAUUGACGGUAAUACCAACCCCAAAUCUUUGAGUGUUGGAGAUGUCUGCUUAGCGAAAUAUAUCGAUGGUGUUUGGUAUCGUGGUAAAAUUUUAGGCGUUAAAAAAACUGGCUUUAAAGUGUUUUUUGUUGAUUACGGUAAUACUGACAUAGUUGCCGCUUCAGAUAUAACAUCUUCCCCGGAACGCUUUCUUAGUUUACCCCCACAGGCAUUUGAAUGUGAGCUUGCUAAUGUGAAACCCGUCUGUGGCCAUUGGGGGACAGAAGUGAUGAUAAAGUUAGAAGAAUUAAUCUUAGAACAAACAUUUAUUGCACAAGCCAUAGCAUUAAAGAGUAAUAAUGGUGUUGUCCUUAACAUUUUUCAAAAUACAGAUCCAAAUAAGCUUGUUGUUGAACCCUUAAUUGCUGCAGGCUAUCUUCAAUAUACAGGUGAACUUAAUGAGAAACGUCAAAUUACACCGACUUGUAAGUACAAGUACUUACACCUUAAUAAAUUCUGCUAUGAAGAUGUUUAUGUUACAUACUGUGAAAGCCCUUGGAAAUUUUACUGCGUCCUGUUUAAAAAUUAUACGGCACUCUCAAAAUUACAAGAAGAAUUGGAAGUCUCCUAUAGUGAAACAUCUGAGAGUGUUUACCAGUUAGACUCUUGUCAUCAAGGUAACCCAUGCUGUGUCAAGUACUCUGUAGAUGAAUCUUGGUAUCGUGCUGUUAUCACGAGUGAAGCUCUUUCUUCGUCUGGUGAAGUUACCGUUAAGUUUGUUGAUUAUGGUAACUCGGAAAGUGUACGUAUCUCGUGCUUAAUGAAAUUGGAUGAAAGGUUUCUUGAGUUACCAAUGCAAGCUUUAGAGUGUAAGCUCUAUGGUGUGCAACCUUUAGAUGGUGGUGAUGAAUGGCCACAAGAUGUUGUUCACAUGUUUAAAGAUCUUAUAGAAGAAAAAGAUUUUGCUAGUUGUCUUACUGAAGUGAUGGAAAAUGCUGUUGAAAUAUUUUUGUUUGAUAUUUCAGAAGAGGAUAAAAACGUUAAUAUUUCACAACUCUUGGUAGGCAAAGAAAUGGCAACUGCUGUUAAGGAUUUAUCUAACUAUAAGAAGUUCAAUCCACAUGAGCGAAGGAGGUCCUCGUUCGGUGUUAUCAAUCUUGUGCCUCACACUAAAGAGUUGGUUGUUGUGACAAAUGCGGAAUCUCCUUCAAAUUUCUAUUGUCAAUUAAUAAAAAAUAUGGAUGGUCUAAAUAAUCUGAUGGAGGCAUUAAGCAAAUAUUAUGAAAAACUAUCAGAAAUUGAUGAUACGAUUAAUCUACCCUUUGUGGGAAAGAUGUGUUGUGCCAAAUAUUCCGAGGAUGACAGGUGGUACAGGGCGUUGAUCCUCAAAACGGAUCUCUCAGCAAGAGAAGUCAAAGUGUUGUACGUUGAUUAUGGCAACAUGGAAAGACUAUCUACAUCCAGAAUCAAGGAAAUAAAAGCUCAGUUUCUCACCUUACUACAGCAAGCAAUUCCUUGUUCAUUGUACGGUAUAAAACCUAGAGGCGUGUCAUGGUCUGAUGAGGCAAUUAGAAAGUUACAAGAAGUGGUUGUUAAUAAAGAGAUGAUGAUUGAAGUUAUAUCUCACAAUGACAGUCAAUAUUAUGGUGUAGCUUUGAUGCAGACCAUUGGUGAAGAGUGUUAUAGCAUAAAUAGAGAAUUUAUUCAGAAAGGUUAUGCUGUCUCAAAUAUUGGACAAUUUGUUGUAAGUCUGGGAACAAACAUCACAGGUUAUCAAUUUCCUACCAUUGAAAUUCCUGGCUAUGAAGAUGUUGAAGUCACUCAUGUUGAAAAUCUCGACGCAUUUUGGUGCCAUCUUACGGAUUCUGCUACGGAAAUGGAAAAUCUCAUGACUAAUCUUCAAGAUUAUUACGAUGUUAAUCCACCUAAAAGUACUGACUUAGAUUUAUUGAAAGAAGGUUCUCCUUGUUGUGCGCGUUUCAGUGAAGAUCAAAUGUGGUAUCGUGGAAGGAUUCUACAGAAAUUAACCAAUAAACGCUUCAAAGUUCAAUACGUAGAUUAUGGGAACUGUGAAGUGUUGACUUUAAAAAGUAUAGCCGUGCUGAGUCAAGAGUUUUUACAAUUACCUGUCCAAGCAAUUGAAUGUGGCCUUGUGAAUAUUUCAUCGUCGAAGAGGAAUAAGAGCAAAUAUGUCGAGCAGUUUCACGACCUUGUCGACGGUAAAGAACUCGUCUGUCGUAUUGAGAAUCUUACAGAUAAUGGCAAAUAUCUGGUUUUGAUUUUGAACACCGAGAGAGAAACAGUUGUAAUCAACGAGAUAAUGAACUUGUUUAUUGAAAAUGAUGGAAAAGAAGCGGCCGGGAAAGCAGAAAUUCCAGCUGAAAUUGCACCCGCUAAACCCUUCAUUGGCAGCGAUGUUUCUGUGUACGUCACUUAUGUGAACGAUCCGCGAGAUUUCUACUGUCAAUUUACAAACACUGCUUCUCAACUUGACGAUAUAAUGAACAACAUGGAAACGUACUAUCGCGAUUUAAACGAAGACCAAGAAAGAUUUACUAAUCCGAAAAUUGGAAACACUUGUUGCGCACAGUUCACUGUUGAUGAUGGAUUUUAUCGUGCUGUUAUCACUAAUGUUUUAUCCGACGCUGUUGUUGUACGUUAUGUUGAUUACGGAAACACCGAGGAACUGCCAUUUUCACGUCUUAAAUGUCUCGACAGCUCCUUCGUUCACCUUCCAGAACAGGCUUUCAACGCAACUUUGUUGUUUUCAAAUUGUGGCAGCGCGCCAGACUUUGAAAACUGUGUUGUCGACAGAGAACUCAAAGCAACGAUUGUUAAACAAGACGAUAUUGGAAGGUACUGCGUUCAAUUGGCCGAUGCAAAUGGAAAGUUGUUGUUUGAAGAUCAAUCAAAAGAAGAUAAAACUUCAAAGAAACAAUGCAAAGUAAAGAUUACAAAACUUCAAGUUGGAAGGAAAAUUCCCGUGUAUGUAACGUUUGCCAUAAAUUCACAAUAUUUCUUCUGUCAAGCAACAGGAAGUUCCGUUCAAUUGGAUGAUUUGAUGAAUGAAAUAGAAGAACAUUACAGGCCACUGAAUGAAAGCGAUGAAAAAUAUUCAGAGCCACAAAUAGGUGAAUCUUGUUGUGCAAUGUUUACUGAAGACGAUGGUUGGUAUCGAGCAACAGUUAUAAAUCAUUCCGGAAAUGACGUUCGUCUAUGCUACCUUGACUACGGAAACACGGAGACAUUACCUUUGUCUAGAGUGAAGUGUUUGUUAGACGAUUUCACAGUUCUUCCAGCGCAAGGUUUUCAUGCAAGAAUGGAUGUUCCUUCUGGUAUUGAUGCUUCGUCUUUUAAAGAUUCCGUAUUGGAGAAGGAAUUUGAUGCUAAAAUUGUGAAAGAAAUCAAGGAGAACGUUUACAACAUCGAGCUUUUUUCGGCUGAUGGAACCAAGCUAUUUUCGCAGAAACCAUGUGUCCCAGUUCAAGUAAAGGAACCUUCUUUAACAAAAGGCAACAAAGAGCAUGUCUAUAUCACAUCCUUCACAACACCACAGAAUUUUUUCUGUCAGUUGGCAAAGAGUUCAACACAGUUGGAUGACCUAAUGGAAAAUAUUGAGGAAUACUACCGCCCUCUGAGCGAUGGUGAUGAAGAGCUGCUUAACCCAAAGAUUGGCAACUUUGUUGUGCUAUGUUCACUGUGGUUGAUGGAUUUUACCGGGCUGUUGUUACGAAUGUCUCCGAGCAAUCUAUCGAAGGUAAAGCGCAUGCUCCCUCGUUUUGCCGAGUUAAAUGCGCAAGGCUUUACAGCAAGCUUGGUCAGCGGUUCCACUGCAAAUAUAACGAAAGCAAAAGAUGCUGAUGAUUAUCUAGAGGUGAUGGUUGAACUUUUAAAUCGGAACAACAAUAUUUACGGAGUUGAGGUUCAUGACAUGAAUGGUGAAAGAUUGUUUAAAUGCAAAGAAAAUGUCGAAAAUGAACCAGGCGAUAAAACUAUCAAAAGUUUUUCAAGUGCUUACCAUUUGAAACCAAGUACGCAGUGGGAUGUUUGUGGAUCGCAUUGUGAAAGUCCCAUGUUGUUCUAUCUUCAACUGGUGAAAAAUAAAGAUAUUUUAGAGAAAAUUAUGGCUGAACUGGAUGACGUUUACUCUCAUCUUACGGCCGAAGAUAACAUGAUCACGAAUCCUGUGGUUGGAAUGACGUGUGUGGCAAAAUAUCCUGUUGACAAUGGUUGGUAUCGAUCUCAAAUUCUUGACAUCCCUUCGCCAAACCAAAUCAACGUUUUUUACAUCGAUUUUGGAAAUUGCAAAAUUGUUGAUUUGUCGAGCGUAAAAACUCUCGCCCCAGCCUUCUGCAGCAAACCCGUUCAAGCUGUGAGAUGCCGUUUGUAUGGUGCCGAGAAAACAACGUGGAGUGAGUCCGAGUGCGAAAUGUUCGAGGGCCUGGUACUAGAGAAACAUUUGAUAGCAGAAGUUAAGUCACUAGAUGGCGACGAAACGACAUUAAUUGUCGAUUUAUUUGACACAAGUGGGACAGAAAAUGUGAGAAUCUUUGAUGAACUUGUGAAAAAAUCUUCAACAACAAAAGCUAGCGGUCAACGAAACCUAAAACUUUCAUCACUACCGAAACUGGGCUUGAAGGAUGUCGAAGAUGUUUUUGUUGAGAGUGCAGAGUCUCUUGAUAACUUUUAUCCACUUUUGCAAGUAGAUGAUGUCAUUGCGGCUCUAUAUUCCGAGGAUGAAACCUGGUACCGAGCUUCUGUCUCGAAACAUAUAAACGAUGGUGAUAUUGAAGUUAUGUUCAUCGACUACGGUAAUUCUGAAAUCAUCCCCGAAUCUGAAAUAGGAAAAAGAGUUCGUUAUUUGAAUGACGAAUUGUCACGUUUUCCACCAAUGAGAGGUUUGGUAUGUUGUAUGGCUUCUAUUGAUGAUAACGGACACCAUUACUCGUGGACUCCACGCGCGCAUUACUCUUUCGUGAGAUACGUGGUGGAGAAGGAGUUCAAAGCAAGAAUAAUGAUGGGCGAUGAGGAACCACUUUCAGUAAUACUUGAACACAAAUCUGAAAGUAUAUACACGUGGCUUGCACGUAAGAAUCUCAUGUCGAGAAAGCAAAGUGAGGUCGAUGUUGAGCAAGAUGAUUUUUAUGAGCUCGAGUUGGAAACUGGGACGCUUUGUGACGUGUAUGUCACGUGGAUUAAAACACCACAAUUAUUUUUUGUUCAGCAAUCAUCAAGUUCAGAUGACAUCAAUAAAGUUGUGGAUGACCUUCAUAAAUCCUGCACUAAUGGCGACCAAAAAGAGUUGGAAGAAAUCCAUCCAGGUACCUUAUGCGCAGCUCAGUAUACGGUUAACGAUAAAUGGUAUCGUGCGAGAGUUGUAAAGGAGUCUGGACCCGAAUCCUUUGAAGUUGUUUAUGUUGACUACGGGAAUAAGGAAGCAAUACCCAAACAAAGGAUUAAGGCGCUAGAUCCCAGUUUUCUUGAACUACCUGCGCAAGCUUUGUGCUGCAGUCUGGAGACGAAACACCCUCUGACUUGGAAUGAUGAAUUGAAGGAAAAUUUUCAACAUGUUGUGACUUUAAAGAAUGACGAGGGAUUGUUGUUGAACAAUAUGUUCAUUGAUGGAUAUGAAACGACUGUCCAAGCCUUCACCAGUCACGUGGUCAGUCCACGCGAGUUCUUUGUUCAGCUUGCGACAGCGGAGACUGAGCUCGAACGCCUUGCGAGAUUUGCCGAAAUCUAUAAUUAUUGGCCUGAUGGUGAUAACUACAAACUGGACAAUGUGAAAGAGAAUAUGUUUUGCUGUGCGCGGUUUUCUGAAGAUGGAGUCUGGUACCGAGCUCAAAUCCUUACUGUCGAUGUCGACGAUAAAAAGGUAACGGUUCGAUUCGUUGACCACGGAAACUCGGAUGUGGUUGAUACUUCUGAUCUACGACGUCUAACCGCUGAACUGUCAUCGUCGCCUUGUCAAGCUGUACCUUGCCGACUUUCGGGCGGACCUUUGUCCCAGGAACAGAACUUGAUUUUCGUCACGGCCGUUGUGGGUAAACCACUAAUGGCUACUUUUAUUGAAUUCUGCGACAACUUUUGGCUUGUAACCUUAGUAGAUGACGGGCAACCAAUUAACGAAUUGUUGAACCCUCGUAAAGAAUCUCAUGAGACCCCAAGCAAUGGAAAACAAUGUAUUCCGAAACCGAUUUUAAAACCUGCAGACGAGUUACCUGUAUACAUUGUCAGCGCAACCGCAGCUAAAGAUGCGAUACUUCAAAUAAGUAGUAGUUUAAGUGAUUUGGAGACUUUGAUGGACGAUAUAGCAAACGAUCCUCCUCAGAUCCGAUUGACAAAGAACGAAAUCGAAGUUGGAGACUAUUGCCUUGCUCGCUUUACUGAAGACGAGGCCUGGUACCGAGCAAAGAUAUUAGAAGUUGAUGGGGAGAAUGUCAGUGUUUUUUAUGUUGACCAUGGUAAUAAAGAAUGGCUUUUGUUUGAUGAACUUGCUCCGAUAAAUGAAAGAUUUUGUAAUUUGCCCGAGUUUUGUUUUUGUUGCUCUUUGGAUCUAUCGACAGUUGACGUAUGGUGUGAAAAUACUGCUGGUAAACUUCUUGAAAUGUUUUCGGAAAAUGAGUUACUUUGUAAAAUUUCCACAAAUAAUGACAAUGGUGUGUUGGUAAAGCUGUAUUGUGAUAUUGAGGAUAUUUUGAGUCGUGUUGUGGAAUAUGAAAAUGUGUCAGUAUCGAAACUCAUUGAAAAUAACAAAGAAAUCCACGAAAUUCAAUGUUUUGUUGUAUAUGAAUUCAAUAUCGACGAUAAAAAGAAUGUUACUUGUUCUCAUAUUGAAUCACCGAAGAAACUUUGGUGUCAAUUAUCAACCAAUGAAACGGAAUUAAAUGAUCUUAUGAACCACUUAGAUGAAGUAUAUGGUAGCCUUGGUCCCGAAGAACUACUUGCUCACAAUUACGACGUCGGACGUCCUUGUUGUGGUCAAUUUCUUGAAGAUGAUGGGUGGUAUCGUGCUGAAAUUGUUGAAGUUGUACCAGAAGGUGUACGUGUUCGCUACGUGGAUUAUGGUAACGAAGAGGUGUUAUCAACAUCAAGAAUUCUUGUUCUUAAAGACGAGUUCCUUGUUUUACCUUGUCAAGCUUUUUUUUGUGUGUUGGAAGAUAUUGAAGCAAAGGAUGAUGAAUGGAGUGGCGAUGCUGUAACGUUGCUUGAAGAAUUCACAUCGGAAAGAUUGCUGUCUUUAGUGGUUAAAGGAAGAGAGAAACUUGGUGGUUUUACUUGUGCAAUAUACGGAACUCUUGACGAAGAAGAACAAUCAUUGAGUGAACUUCUUAUUGAAAAAGCAUUUGCUGUAAAAUCUUUGCCACCUGCACCUAUAUCAGUUUCAAACAAUCCUCGUGCAGACGUAUCUUUCGUAAACAUACAUGUGAAUAUUGGAGAUGAGCUUAAUCUGUUCUUCGUGUCAGCUGAGUCGCCUGCAAACAUUUGGUGUCAGCUGUCCGAUUCUGAAGAUGACUUACUUGAUCUAAUGGAACUUGGAGCAUUUUACAGUUCAUUAAACGGAAACGAGUUUUCACUCCAACAACCUGUUGCUGGUGCCGCUGUUUGUGCCCAGUUCUCUGAAGAUGACUCUUGGUAUCGUGCUGAGAUCCUGGCAACUACUCCUAACAUCACAGUCCGUUUUGUAGAUUAUGGCAAUAGCGAAUCAUUACCCUUGACAAAAUAA